AUGUGUUGUAAUCAAUCUGUGAUGCAAGAACAAGUAGUGGUAGACGUAGUACACGACAGACCCCAUGAUCAUGAUGGGGCAGAAGCACAUUCCUUUUUGAUUAACUCAGAGAGGAGACUAUGACCAUGUCCGCCGCACUACUCUGAAGGCAAUGUCCAAUUAUAAUUCAUCCAAGUAGAGAUCAUCGAAAACAACUAAUGUCCAGUACAAUAUUGAAUAUUGUUUAUGGCGCGAAAACGGCACCCGGGGUGCACUUGUGGAAUUGUAUCGUCCCGCUGGUAGUCGAGGAGUACGACUAGGGAUCCCAAUCAAUCAAUGGCCAUGAUGAACCACAUUCCAAGGACAAGAAAAAGAGGAUCCGUUAACUUUCGUAGUACCUAG